CAACUUGUAGAAAUUAACCAAGGUAGUAAAAUCAGCCAAAGUACAAAUCAUAAGCAUACAAAAAGCUCCAAAGCCCCAAACUAAAACCCACCAUUGAUGAUCAUUCACCCCAUCUCACACUCUCUCUGAUACACAGUCUAGCUUUGCAGAAAAAGCAGAGAGAAAAAGCUUACAUCACUAGUCCUCUGGUUUUUCCCCUCUUUCUUUCUCUGCCAUCGAAACACCAUUUUCAAUACACAGUUCCAGGAGACCCCGGUGGAAAAACAAAAGGUAAAAAUAAAAGGGAAGGGAAGACCCUCAAACGAAGUGCAAAAGCUUUCUUUCUCUUCUCCCCCUCUCCACGUUCGUUCCCUUUCAUUCUUCCCUCUUGCGGCCUCCAUUUCCCUCCCUAUAUAAAAACCCCUUUCCCCCGCUGAAAAAAACCCUACUAUCAGAAACCAAACCAAACCCAAUCUCCAUUUCCCUCUCUCCCUCUCUCUCUCUCUCUCUCUCUCUCUCUCUCUUGCUCCGUCCGCCUUUCCCAUACGUUGAAAAUGGAUGUUCUCUACUUUCUCAGGCUCCUGAGACCCACCACUACCCACCUGAAAUCGCAAAACAAAGUCGAGUGUGUGAAUGCGAGGUUGAACAAUGGUGAAGCUUAUGAUGAUUCCGAAGAAGAAGAGGAGGAAGACUCUUUCUUUGAAUUGGAGCUCACUGUUCCUCCUGAUUUUGACUACCCAAGGAGCAUUAAUGGCGACAGAUGUAAAAGCCCCAAUAAAUUGGCCGACAGAGCCGAGCCCAAGGUUCAGCAGCAUCAGUCCCCUCCUGCAACCGAGCCUCUGUUUUCAAAGCGGAAGAUACUCCCAAUCGAACCCGUCUCCUCUCCCAAGCCUCACCAGUCUCCGAUUUCUGUACUGAAACAGGGUCCCAAAUUUCGGGUCCUCGCGUUCAGGAAGUCCAAGUCGAUGCCGGUUCAGAAAACAGGGGAGAAACAGGAAAAGGGGUUGAAUCAGGAAGAGAAGCAGCGGUUCGUCACUGUGAAAGUGAAGCUCGACGAGAUGGGUGGAGGUUCCUACAACAAUGGCCGUUCGAAAUUGGCGAGGAACAACAGCUUGAGGAAGCAGAUCUUGGACGACACGUCGUCGGAGAAUUCCUCGAGGAGAUUCCCCAAGGAGAUCGUGCAGAAGUACUUGAAGCUCAUCAAUCCGCUCUACAUCAAGGUCGCCAAGAAGGAAUGCGACCGGAUGAAGUUUUCAGGAGAGCUCUUGUCGCCGUUUACGACUCCGUCGGCAUCGCCGGCGGCGACUGCCCCGGUCAGCUCCCCUAAAAAAGAGAAACAUGGAAGUUUCCCGGCUGGAAUCCGGGAGGUAUGCAAGCAUCUAAGGAAGAGCAAGUCAGCAUCUUCCGGCACCGGAGUAUCGCCACCGGCCACCUUGCAGCGGAGGGAUGACUCCCUUCUACUGCAGAAUGACGGGAUCCAGAGCGCCAUUCUUCACUGCAAGAGAUCUUUCAACUCUUCCAGAGAUUCGUCUUCGCUAUCACGAUUCUCAAGUGACCGCUCGAUGGACUCGCCUAGGGUUUCCAGCGACGAGUUCUGAUUGGAAAAUAUUGAAGCCAGUAGGAGGAAAGCGGGAGAGUUUGAACCUCCCCUGAAAUUGAAAAUUUGAAAAGACAAUACAAAACAGGACAAGAGAAAAACAGGGGACUCUGUUUUUUCCUUGUUUGUUUUCUUUUUUUGGGUUCUUGCUGUAAAGUUAAGCAAAGGAGAGAUAGGGCGAUGAAACAGGUAGGGUAGUUUCGUGGUUUCGAUGGUUUUCUUUUUGGAUGCAUUGUAGUAGGACGAAUCCAUCAUCCAUCCAUGGAGGGAAGGGAUGAUGACGAUGAUUGCAGACUGUAGGGAAAAUGUAAUCAAUCCAAAAGCAGUAGUAGCAGUUGUUUGUCUGUCUAUAAAGUAAAAUUCCUGUAUGCUGUUGGGUUAAUUAUUAUUACCAGUGACCAUAGAACAGAGUUCUGAGUUCGGUUAAGCAGAGAUGAAUAAUGUGUUGCAUACACGACGCUGUCAUCAUGAGAUUAUGCGGGGUUUUGAAUUGUAACAACUCGACGCAAUCCAACGGUGUUAGCAUGUGCUGAACGACGACAGCUCCGUUUAGUUAGCCCGUAAUAAAAUUCUGUAGAAGGAGCAGGGGAGCUACAGGGCAGAGCCUGGUGGGUUCUUUCCUUUUCUUUUCGUCAAAGCUUGGGAUGAUGAGGAUAUAAAGGAAUUUCUUGCUGGAAUGGGCAGUUUCUGUUUCUGCAAUUUGUUCGAAUUAUAUGAUUCCCCUCCACCAAUGGCUUUUGCUAACGUAAAUCAGAAUUGGAAGUUUGUGUGUGG